AUGGAGAUCCCGAUUUUCUCAGGUGACGAUGCGUGCAGUUGGACGCACCUUUUGGAACGAUACUUCGAAUUGCGAAGCGUUCCCGGGGAGGAGAAGUUGCACACCACUUUGGUGGCCAUAGAGGGUAGAGCACUGAGCUGGUAUUACUGGUGGGCUAGGUGCAAUCUUGAACCAACUUGGGACGGGUUCAAGCUGGCAGUGGUUUGCAGGUUUCAACCUUCAAUGGUACAAAAUCCCAUUGAGUUGUUGUUGGCACUCAAACAAACAGGGACAAUGGUGGAAUUUGUGGAGGAGUUUGAGAAAUAUGUUGGAGCUUUGAAGACCAUUGAUCAAGAAUUUGCACGAGGAAUUUUCAUGAAUGGCUUGAAAGAGGAAAUACAAGUGGAGGUAAAACUUUAUGAAUUAAAGUCUUUGUCUGAUUUAAUUCAAAAAUCUAUUAUGAUUGAGGAGAAGAAUUUGGUUUGGACCAAGAAAGGAACCAACACUUUCACUAAACCAACCACUACUUCUAAGGCUAGUUCUUACAAUAAGACUGUGACUGUUGAUACUAAGCCUUGGUUGGAUAAGAAAACUGAAGGUGGUACCUUUGCUACUAAUCUGGUGGGUGUUCAGGUUGGGGAAGGGAAUAAAAUCAGGGGUGGUGAUUUCAAACGUUUGUCAAGGGCUGAGAUGAGAGAAAAAAGGGAGAAGGGAUUCCAUUUCAGAUGUGAUGAGCCAUAUCAUAGAGACCAUAAAUGCAAAAAUAAGCAGUUUCGUAUGAUUAUUUUAGAAGAAGAUGACGAGGAGGACAAUGAUGUUGAUUUUCAUGAGGUAGAAACUUUCAAUUCUCUGCAAUUGUCUCUUUGUUCAAUGGUUGAGCUGACUUCCACAAGUUCUUGGAAGAUACAAGGGGUAGUUCAAAACAACUCUAUUUUGGUACUCAUAGAUUGUGGAGCUUCUCAUAGCUUCAUUUCUCAUGAAGUAGUUCAGAAACUGAGCUUGCUGGUGGAAGAUACUCCUUCUUACAUUGUGGAAGUGGGGGAUGGUCAUAGGGUGAAAUUUAAGGGAGGGUGUCCCAAGUUGAGUUUGCAUUUGCAAGGAAUAGAGAUUAGGCAAGAUUUUUAUUUGUUCUCCCUGCAAGGGGUGGACUUGGUGUUGGGUUUGGAUUGGCUCUCUUGUUUGAGAGAGGUCAAAACCAACUUUGGCAAGCUGGAGCUUACCUUGUCUAGAGAUGGUAAGCUGAUUACUUUGGUUAGUGAUCCAUCUUUAACUAAGACUGAAUUGUCUUAUGGAGCCUUCAUGCAAAUUUUGAAGGAAGAAGGGGAAGGCUUGUUGAUUCAGUACGAUUCUGCAGAACAGAAACCAGCAGAGGUUUCAAUCAUCCCUGAAGUUGUUUCAGAGGUUCUUCAACAGUAUUCUGAGGUUUUUGAGGAUCCUCAAGGUCUUCCACCCCAAAUGAGGUUAGAUCAUGCAAUUCAUUUGAAGGAGGGGGCUGAGAUACCUAAUCUACGACCUUAUAAGUAUCCACACUAUCAAAAAACAUAG